GGGGCUCUCAGGGUGCUGGGGGGCUCUCAGGGUGCUCGGGGGAGCCCCCCGGGUGCUGCCCACCCCCGAACCCCCCCAGGCACGGCAGGAGGUGAAGAUGUCCGGCUCCAUCGCCUCCUACGAGCAGCUGGUGCGGCAGGUGGAGGCGCUGAAGAAGGAGAACAGCCACCUCCGGCGGGAGCUGGAGGACAACUCCAACCACCUCUCCAAGCUGGAAAAUGAGACCUCGGACAUGAAGGAGGUCCUGAAGCACCUCCAGGGGAAGCUGGAGCAGGAGGCGCGGGUGAUGGUGUCCUCGGGGCAGCCGGAGGUGCUGGAGCAGCUCAGAGCCCUGCAGAUGGACAUCUCCAGCCUCUACAACCUCAAGUUCGCCCCGGAGCCGCUGAGCACCGGGCGGGGCACCGAGGAGAACCGGGACGGCCCCGGGGAGAUGGGCAGGGCCACGUUCCGCAUGCUGGAGGAGCUGGACCGCGAGAGGUGUUUCCUGCUGGGGGAGAUCGAGAAGGAGGAGAAGGAGAAGAUCUGGUACUACGCGCAGCUGCAGAGCCUGGCCACGCGCCUGGACGAGCUGCCCCACGUGGAGACGUUCUCCAUGCAGAUGGAUCUGAUCCGGCAGCAGCUGCAGUUCGAGGCGCAGCACAUCCGCUCGCUGAUGGAGGAGCGCUUCGGCACGGCCGACGAGAUGGUGCAGCGGGCACAGAUCCGCGCGUCCCGGCUGGAGCAGAUCGACAAGGAGCUGAUGGAGGCGCAGGACAAGGCGCAGCAGCCGGAGCCGCAGCUCUGCGGGAAGGUCCCGGGCGUGGAGGGGGACAGCAGCGGGGACCCCCCGAGCCACCCCGAGGAGGGCGGCAGCACCAAGGUGGAGGUGGUGUUCUGGCUGCUGUCCAUGCUGGCCACGCGUGACAAGGAGGACAUGUCCCGCACGCUGCUGGCCAUGUCCAGCUCGCAGGAGAGCUGCGUGGCCAUGCGCAAGUCGGGCUGCCUGCCCCUGCUGAUCCAGAUCCUGCACGACUCGGACGGGGAGCCGGGACCCCCCGAGAGCCCCACGGGGGCCAAGGACGCCCGCAUGAGAGCCAACGCCGCCCUGCACAACAUCGUGUUCUCGCAGCCCGACGAGGGCCAGGCCAAGAAGGAGAUGAGGGUUCUGCAUGUGCUGGAGCAGAUCCGCUCCUACUCCGAGACCUGCUGGGACUGGCUGCAGAUGCAGAGCCGGGACGGGGCACGGGGCCCUGAGGGCACCGGUACGGACUGGGAGGGACUGGGAGGGACUGGGAGGGACUGGGAGCAUCCUCUGUGACCCUCAUGCCCCGCAGUGCCGGUGCCCAUCGAGCCCCAGAUCUGCCAGGCCACCUGUGCCAUCAUGAAGCUGUCCUUCGACGAGGAGUACCGGCGGGCCAUGAACGAGCUGGGUGGGCUGCAGGCGGUGGCCGAGCUGCUGCAGGUGGACUAUGAGAUGCACAAGAUGACCAACGACCCCCUGAACCUGGCGCUGCGGCGCUACGCGGGCAUGGCCCUCACCAACCUCACCUUCGGCGACGUGGUCAACAAGGCCACGCUGUGCUCCCGCCGGGGCUGCAUGGAGGCCAUCGUGGCCCAGCUGGGCUCCGACAGUGAGGAGCUGCACCAGGUGGUCUCCAGCAUCCUGAGGAACCUCUCCUGGCGCGCUGACAUCAACAGCAAGAAGGUGCUGAGGGAGGUGGGCAGCGUCACCGGGCUGAUGCGCUGUGCCCUGCACGCCGGCAAGGAGUCGACGCUGAAGAGCGUCCUGAGCGCGCUGUGGAACCUCUCGGCACACAGCACGGACAACAAGGCGGCCAUCUGCGGGGUGGAGGGGGCCCUGGGCUUCCUGGUCAGCACCCUCACCUACAAGUGCCAGAGCAACUCCCUGGCCAUCAUCGAGAGUGGCGGUGGCAUCCUCAGGAACGUCUCCAGCCUCGUGGCCACGCGGGAGGAUUACAGGCAGGUGCUCCGGGACCACAACUGCCUGCAGACGCUGCUGCAGCACCUGCGCUCGCACAGCCUGACCAUCGUCAGCAACGCCUGCGGCACCCUCUGGAACCUGUCUGCCCGCAGCCCCCGCGACCAGGAGCUGCUGUGGGACCUGGGGGCGGUCAGCAUGCUGCGCAACCUCAUCCACUCCAAGCACAAGAUGAUCGCCAUGGGCAGCGCGGCCGCGCUGCGCAACCUCCUCACCAACCGGCCCCCCAAGUACAAGGACGCGGCCGUGGUGUCGCCGGGCUCCUGCAUGCCCUCGCUCUACAUGCGCAAGCAGAAGGCGCUGGAGGCCGAGCUGGACGCCAAGCACCUGGCCGAGACCUUCGACAGCAUGGAGAAGCAGAGCCUGAAGGGCCAGAGCGCCAAGAAGCCGCCGCGGCACAUGGAGAGCCUGGUGAAGGACUACGCCUCCGACUCCGGCUGCUUCGACGACGACGAGGUGCCGAACAUCUCCACCGGCGUGGAGACGGCCAGCGCCUCCGUGCUCUCCAUGUUCCUCAGCUCCUCCUUCCUGCAGGGCCAGGCGCUGCCGCGGGCGCUGGCGCAGCGGCGCUGCCCGGAGCCGGAGAAGGACGGCAGCGGGAAGGCGGCCGAGCCCAAGAAGCCGCCGCCGGUAGAAGAUGACGUCUCGCUGGCCGCCGAGAAGUUGGCCAACAAGAUCUCCAGCACGGUGGCCAAGAUCGACAAGCUGGUGGAGGACAUCUCCACCAUGCACAACUCCUCGGACGACAGCUUCAGCCUCAGCUCCGAGGAUCACUGCCUGGACUGGCAGUACGGCCCCGAGGACGGGCACGAGGCGCGCGCCCAGUCCUGCUCGCCGUGCCGGCUGUCGGACGCCGGCGGCUCGGCCAAGCGGGACAGCCUGAGCCGGGCGCACACCCUGCUGCGCCUGAAGACCGCCUGCACCAGCCUGUCCACCGACAGCCUCAACAGCGGCAGCACCAGCGACGGCUACUGCACCAAGGAGCACAUGAAGCCCUGCCCCCGGGCCGCCUUCCUGGACUACCGCGACGAGCUGCAGCGCUACCAGAGGCGGCCCAGCCGCCUCGACCUCAAGAGCAUCCUGGGCAAACCCGAACGGGCCGAGCCCCCCGCGCGGGACCCGGCCGAGCCAGACAAACCCGAGCAGCGGGACCUGCCCGAACGGGCCAGGAAGAUGGUGACUUUCCCCAGCCCCAAGGUGCCGGAGAAGGAGACGGAGUGGAAGAAGGAAGUGGGCACCAAGCCCCCCACCGACCCCCAUGUUCGCACCAUCAAGCUCUCUCCGUCCUACCAGCACGUUCCCGUGCUGGAGACCCUGGCCAAGAGCAGCACGGCUGCUGGCCAGCAGCCCUCCCUCCUGGGCAGGAAGCAAGCCUGGCUCCCCCCGGCGCUGCUGCAGGCAGCCGAACCCCUCAGCAAGAUCCCGGAGAAGCUGCCGGCCCAGCCAGCGGCCUCGGCAGAGCAGGAGUCCGUGCAGAAGUACUCGGUGGAGGACACCCCGAUCUGCUUCUCCCGCUGCAGCUCCCUGUCCUCCCUCUCCUCGGCAGACAACGUGCUGGACGGGCAGAGCCACAGCGAGAACGACCUGGACAGCGACUCCUCCCUGGAGAUCCUGGAGAUGGAGGAAGGGGACACAGAAGGGGAGGAUGUGAGGCAGGAGAAGGGGAAGGCGGUGGAUCCGGGUCCCAGCACGCCGGUGGGGAUCUCCCAGCCCAUCAGCAUCCCCUUCCCGAAGCGGGACAAGGUUUUCCUGCGGGAGGCCUCGCCCUCGCGCCAGGAGGACCUGACGCCCUCGAGCUCCUCGGAGAACUACAUCCAGGAGACGCCGCUGGUGAUGAGCCGCUGCAGCUCCGUCAGCUCCCUGGGCAGCUUCGAGAGCCCCUCCAUCGCCAGCUCCAUCCAGAGCGACCCGUGCAGCGAAAUGAUCAGCGGCACCAUCAGCCCCAGCGAGCUGCCCGACAGCCCCGGGCAGACCAUGCCCCCCAGCCGCAGCAAGACCCCCCUCUUUGAGCUGGGCUGCCAGCCCGAGAAGGAGACCAGCCAGUUCAACAUCCAGUGGGAGAACAACGUCAAGAAGUUCAUGGAGAUCACCGACUUCAAGGAACGCUUCCAGCUGCCCCAGGACCUGGACUCCAUGGUCUACUUCACGGUGGAGAAACCCAACGAGAACUUCUCGUGCGCCUCCAGCCUGAGCGCCCUGCCCCUCCACGAGCACUACGUGCAGAAGGACGUGGAGCUGAAGCUGAUCCCCACCUUCCCGGAGAAGAACAGCCUGAACUUCGCGGCUCACGAGAAGCGGGAGGAGCGGCGGGAGGAGCGGUACCUGGAGGGCCGGCGAAGGGCCGAGCGCCCCGAGCCCCCCGAGGACGACGACAUCGAGAUCCUCAAGGAGUGCAUCAGCUCGGCCAUGCCCUCCCGCUUCCGCAAGGUCAAAACCUCGCUGCUGUCGGGCCAGGUGCUGCACCCGCAGAGCAAGAAGCCGCUGCACGUCCCCGUGUACAUGCUGGUGCCGGCCCACGGCCACCCCGGGGUCCCCAGGCACCUGCGAGCCACCGCCCGCGACCUCUUCAAGGACGACGACUCCUUCACCGACUCGGCCGACGGGACCCCCGUCAACUUCUCCAGCGCCGCCUCGCUGAGCGAUGAGACCCUGCGGUACCCGGCGGGCGAGGAGGCCGAGCAGCCCCCGGCCGAGCGGCACCGCCGGCCCGGUCCCAUCCCCGCCCGCCGGGCCGCCUCCGGUAGCUCGGCCCCCGCCCGCCUCGGCCCCGCCGGGAAGGGCAAAGCGGGGCCGGGCCGCGGGGAGGAGAAGCGCGGCCAGAGCCUCCCGAAGGGCACAGCCGGGCUGGAGCCGGGGGUGGGCCGGGCCGGCGGGGUCCCCGGGAGGAAGGAUGAUGCUCUGGAGGACGGGGUGAUGUUCCAGUCGCUGUGCCACACCACGCCGACGGAGGAAGCCGUCUACUGCUUCUACGAGCCGGAUCUGGACGAGCUGCCCGAGCCGGGCGGGGACGGGUCCGGCAGCAGAGCCCAGCCCGGCCGGGCGCCGCGGAGGGAGCGCUGGGGAGGCUCCGUCCCCAACAAGGACCCCGAGCCCGGUCCUCGUCCGGCGAAGACGAAGCCUCAAAACAACCUGAUCGCCGACGAGACGCCGCCCUGCUACUCCCUGAGCUCCUCCAUGAGCUCCCUGAGCGACGCCCACCUCUCCGAGGGCGAGGAGCGGGGCCAGCCCUGCGGCAAAGCCGCCUGGCCGCGGGCAGCUGCGGCGGGGCAGGCGCAGGGGGGCUCGCCCAGCUCCCCCAGCCUCAACUCGGAGGAUGAUCUGCUGCAGAAAUGCAUCGGCUCGGCCAUGCCCAAGCGCCGGCGGCCCGCGGCUCGCCGCAGGAUGCUGGAGAGAAAGCAGAAGGCGCCGGGCACCGGCGGGAGGGAGCGGGCCGAGGUCAGGCAUCACCCCGAGGAGCAGGAGGAGGGCGGGUCCGACCGGGGCUCCGACCUGGACAGCGUGGAGUGGCAAGCCAUCCAGGAGGGAGCCAACUCCAUCGUCACCUGGCUGCACCAGGCUGCCGCCUCCCUGUCCCGGGAGCCUUCCUCCGAGUCCGACUCCAUCCUCUCCUUCAUGUCGGGGCUCUCGGUGGGCUCCACGCUGCAGCUCUCCCUGGGCAGGCAGGAGAAGCAGCGGCCCGGCAGCGCCUCCGGCCGGGACCCGGCGAGGAGGGAGCGGAGCACGGCCCGCCCGGAGCGCAGGGACGCGGCCGGUGCCCGUCCCGCCGCCCGCGCCACCUCCGGGGCGGAGCGGAGCCCCGCGCCCGCCAAGCCGGUGCCCAACCUGCCCGUGGUUUUCCGCGGCAGGACCGUCAUCUACAUGCCCAGCCUGGCCAAAGAUGCCCCCAGCCCACGGGCCACGCCGAAGAAGAGCCCCGCGGCCAAGCCCGAGGCGCCGCCGGCCAAGAACCUCUCGCUGAGCCAGCAGCGCUCUCGGAGCCUGCACCGGCUGGGCAGAGCCCCCGAAAGCGGCGAGCUGGCGCUGCCCAAGAGGAGCACGACCCCGCCCGCCCGCAUCGGCAAAGGGCCCCCCUCCUCGGGCUCCUCCCGCACCUCCACGCCCUCCCAGCACGCCCCCAAAAAGCUGCCGUCGCCCUCCCAGGUCACCAAACCGGCCGCGGGCAAGGCCAGCGGCUCCUCCUCCCCGCCGGGACCCCCGGCCCGAGCCCCGGCCCCCAAAUCUCCGGCUCCCAAGCAGUCCAAGACGCAGAAGUCGCCCGUGCGCAUCCCCUUCAUGCAGAAGCCCAGCAGGAAGGUGCUGCCGGGCCGGGGGGCCAUGCCGGUGCUGGAGGAGCACGUCGAUGGCUCCAAGGCUCGGGCCGGGGGGCCGGGGGGCAGCCGGCUCAACCUGGUGCGGAUGUCAUCCGCCCGCUCCAGCGGGAGCGACUCGGACCGCUCCGGCUUCCUGCGCCAGCUCACCUUCAUCAAGGAAUCCUCCAGCCUGCUGCUGCGGCACCGCUCCGACCUGUCCCCGACGCCCCCGGCCACCUCGCUGCCCCGCCGGGGCUCCCCCCAGCGCAGCCGAGCCGCGCUCCCGGCCGUGUUCCUCUGCUCCUCCCGCUGCGACGAGCUCAAAGCCGCCAAACCGGCCAGCCCCGGCCAGCGGCCGCUCAUCCCCCGAGCCCAGCCCGGUGCCAAAGCCACGGCCGGGGCCAAACCGCCGCGCCGGACCAGCUCCGAGAGCCCGUCCCGGUUGCCGGUGAAGAGCGGCGUGCCCGCGGCUGAGCCCUUCAAGCGCUACUCGUCCUCGCCCAACAUCAGCGUGGCGCGGCGGGCGGGCAGCCCGUCCUCCGUGCGCUCCGAGGCGGCGGCGCGGCGGCGGCAGAACGAGCCGGUUCCCGGCGGGCCGCCGGCCAAGCCGCCGGUGGUGAUGAUGAAGGGAACGUGGCGGAGGAUCCGCGACGAGGACAUCCCGCACAUCCUCAAGAGCACGCUGCCCUCCUCCGCGCUGCCGCUGGCGGGUUCUGGCGACGAGGAGCCCCCCGGUACCCCCGGCACGCCCAGGAAAACCAGCGACGCCGUGGUGCAGACCGAGGACUUCGCCACCUCCAAGACCAACUCCAGCACCUCUCCCACGCUGGAGACACGCGAGGGACCCCCGCACCCCCGUGUCACCGGGGAUGGCGAAGCCCCCGCGCCCGCCAAGGCCGCCCUGCCCAUCUCCUUCGGCCACGAGGUGCCCACCGGGACCUUCCCCGGCAGCCGCCACGGCUCCCCCAGCAAGGCCGCCCGUGUCACCCCCUUCAACUACGUCCCCAGCCCCAUGGCGGUGACAGCGGCGGCCGACAAGGCAGUGGGGAAAAUCCAAGCCUGAUGGUGCCCCAGUGAGGGUCCUGUGACACCCCCAGCCCCGCGGGGACUGUGUUUGGGACACAUGUGGGGAUGUGGGGACAGCUGGGGACCAGCGAGUCACCCCAACCCGCUGCUGGCCCCGGCUGGGUCUUGCUGUGCUGAAGCAUCGCUGUUCCCAGCAGCAAGGAUUGGACAGAACUGGGAAUGUUCCAGGUUUGGGUGGUUCUCAUGGACCGUCCCCUCGCACUGAUGGACACCCAGGGACAAGCUGAGGUGGGGCUGUGUCCCCGUGUGUCCCCAUCCUGCUCACCCAGGGGCUGAUCCCACCCAGGAAAACCCCACCCGCUCCAGCUUGGCUGGCACCAGCUCUGGCUCUGCCAACGGUGGCAGCUCAUUUAUUAACAGGGAAGGGAUGCAGAGGAGAGGCUUUGGAGGGGGAGAUGGGGACCAGAACCCCGUUUGGGGGACCAGGAUGUCCCGCUGGCGGUUCCUGUUUGCUGACGGGUGACCUGUGCCAGUCUGAGGUGGCAGCAGGUGGAAAUGGUGCAGGAGAAGCCGGGCAGAGCUCGUGGGGGCCGGGGCUCAUCCCAGGGGCUGCUCCCAGGGUGCUGUCCCCAGGCUGGGGGGCUGCUCUGGGAGAGGACAGGCUGCUGAGCUGGCACUGGGAUGCCCAACCCCCAGGAAAGGGUCUGGGGUCACUCACCUUCACUCAGAGCCCCCCCGCCUCCCACCCCCAGGGCAGGAGAGCCCCGGCUCGCAGCCAGGAUCCCGGUGUGUCCUUGUGGAUGUGGACACGGAUCCAUCCAGGACUGGAUUACGCCCACGGGCACAGGGCCUGCCAGCCCCAAAACCCGGGGGACACCCCCACUCCUGCUGCCAGCCGGGCCCAGGUGCCAGAAUUGGGGUGUGUGGGAAGUGCCUCGACCCCUGGGAGGGGGGUGGGCUGCAGAGGGACCCCCAGUCCAGGUGGUCCAGCCCCCUGGGAUACCUCCAGUGCUACUCCAUCGCUCCCUGUGGAUGGGUGACCUCUGUGCCCCCAUCCAGUGCCACAGCGGGGCUGUAGGGACAGAGCCGGGGCUAUGGGGACAUGUGCAGGGGACACACCUGGGUGGCUGUGGGAACACACUGAGGAGCUCUGGGUUGCACUGUGGGGCCAGGGAGACACCAGGACUGUGGGGAUAUGCAGGGGGUCCCCAGGGACGAGCACUGGGGUCAUGGGGAUGGGCACUGGAGCCCCUCUGCCCUGGCAGCGGCCGGGACUGAGGAAAAGGAGGAAAAUCCCAGGAGCAGCACUCCUGAGAGCCCUAACGGAGCGCAGGGGUGGCAGGAGGGCAGCAUCGCCCCUCGGCUACAAACCACCUCCCUCCCCUCCUCCACCGACAAUCCCGCCGGGCUCUGCCGGGCUCCGCUCACUGUAUCUAUGUAUAAGGAUGUUAUUUUAGCAGCCUCUGGACAGUAUUCCCAAUUAAAAACCAACCUGUGUAAAUAA